GCCAGUGACUGCGUCCCGGUUCUUCGAGAUGAUACCCUUGGGGUUUCCUCGCUAUCCUCAGUCGCUCUAAAUUUCGCGGAUUUCGAUUCACGAUCUCCGUACACAUCUCUAUCGUUUCCGCAUUGCUGUGCGAUUUUCUGUGAAAUAACGCGCGUGCAACACUGGCGCGAACAUUCGCCGAGUACAUUGUACGGAUUCUUUGUAUCGUUGAUAGACGAAAGAGUAAUUAUUAUUUAUGAUUUCGGAAUUCUCGUGGAUAUAAUUGUAAAUAAACGUCACGACUCCACAUGGACCACCAUUGAUUGCACAGGCUAGAUUUUUCGGGCACGCGCGGUAUAAAGUAUCUAGUGACAUCUAGGAAUCUAACUAGCACUCGUCGAGCAAAAACACAUGUGUUUACACGCGUCUGACGUAUGUGCGAAAAAUUACAAGUGCAAUGUUUAAAAAAAAAUAGAUAUAAACUAAGCAUCUAACAAUAAGAGGUCGCUACAAACGUUAUAUAUAUGUAUAUGUACAUACUGCGUUCGCUUCGUAUGUAUGAGCUUGAUGGUAGUAGAAUGAGAGAGUAGUGAAAAAUAAGAGAUAUUUUAAUUGAUAGAGGACGAGGAAAUAAUUUUGAUUACUUGCAAAAUACUCUGACGCAUAUUCCAAAUGAGUACCGUCGAGUAUGGUUUCCCGACCAUUGGCGGAUUAAUGCCGCAAAUACAAGCCCUCAUAGCACCACCGGUAUCUGAAGAUUCCAAGACUGCUAAAACAAAGAAGGAAAAAGAGGAGAAGAAGCAUCCGUACUUCAAGAGACGCGGUCGUGGUCACAAUCGUGAUUUCUGUGAUGCUUGCAAAGAUGGUGGAGAACUCAUAUGUUGCGACAAAUGUCCAGCUUCCUAUCAUCUACAGUGCCACUAUCCCGCAGUGGAUCCUACAGAUAUUCCUAAUGGAGAAUGGUUGUGUUAUGCCUGUCGCUGUGCUUCCAAAAGAGAAUUUCUGGAAAGCAAAGGAAAUGAAAAAAAGAAAAAAUCUGCACUGGAAGUAUUAGCAAUGGCAGCUUCUCUAGUAAAUCCAAGAGAGUUUGAGUUACCCAAGGAGUUACAAUUGCCUAUAAUGUUCCCUGGAAGCAAUAAAAUGGAUUAUGUGUCUGGUAGAAGAGGUAAACAAUUUAGUUCGUCAUAUAAUAAUGUUGGAAAAAGUCAUUGUUUGGAUAGCAACUUAAUGGUUCCACUGCCAGCUCGUCUAUGUUUCGAAUGCGGACGUAGUUGUAGGAAAGCUCCACUAAUUGCAUGUGACUAUUGUCCAUUAUAUUUUCAUCAAGAUUGCUUAGAUCCCCCGUUAACUGCUUUUCCCAUCGGCAGAUGGAUGUGUCCAAAUCAUCCAAAUCAUUUCAUAGAUCAGAAUCUGUUGACUUCUUGCAGAGUGACAGAACGCAUAAAGCUAUGGGACAAAUAUGCUAACCAACCAAUAGAUCAGCAUGCGGUAAAAUUGGACUUUUUGCGUAAAGCGCGCACUGCCAAUCCGUUAUUUCGCACGAAGGUGAAACUAGAAGGUCGUCCAAGAAUAAAAGUUCCUCCCAGUGUAAAGUUCCAUUAUGAAAAUCCGCCGCAAUUAGAUCCUGUACAGUUUUAUCAAGACAGUCUUAUAUGGCCUAUAAAGAAUACUGUAGACAGAAACGAGCAACAUGAAAGUUCUGAAAAAGCAAAUAGCAAUGAUAAUUGUAUAGAAAUUAAAAAAGUUGAAGAAACUGAAAUCACAGUAGAAGAAAAAGUACAGGAUACAAUUUUGGAUGAAGGAUGCGAUCGACAGAAAAUAUCGGAUACAAAUGAGUGUACAAAUACAGUAGACAGCAACAUUGCGACAGAAAGUUCCAAGGAAUACAAUAAUCUUGAAUUUCAUACAAGAUAUUAUGGGUAUAAUAGUUAUAAUAUUAAAGAAGGCGUUCAAUUAUUAGAAAGACCAGUGGUGGAAGCAUUAGCGCGACAGAGAUUAGAACAAAUAUUAAAUCCAGACGGAGAGAGUUAUGAAACAAUAAAUUGUCAUAGAAGAGCAAGAGCCGUAUUAUUUUCUUUAAGUCCUAAGCCUAAUCCACCAGCUUUCAUAACUCACAAAACAUUUGUUAUUGGCAACGGCUCCAAUUGCAACUUAGUUUUAUCUAAUUAUGGUAACUGUGGAUAUACAUCUUCUAAACAUGCAAUUAUAUUUUUCGACGAGGCGACUCAGCGUUAUGAAUUACUCAAUUACAGCGAAUAUGGAACUAUGGUGGAUAAUGUGCUGUAUUCUUGUGAUUAUACUCGCGUUUUAGAAGAUCAAGUAAAAGAGGAAAAGACUAACAAAGUAACAAAUAUCAAAGAAGAAGAACCGUCGGAAAUGAUAAAAACAAUUCUACAUAAGAAGGAAACAACUUGCUUGCAAGAACAUGCGCACAAGAAUGACAAGAUUUUGUGCAAAUGCAAUACAAAAUAUAAUACAAGAAACGCAGAGCAUUUAGAAGAAGGGUGGGAGGGAAGUGCAAUUAUCGCGCACGGCUCAACCAUUACUUUUGGUUGUCUCACAUUUGUAUUUAAUACAUUGAAUUUAUACGUAGAUAGAUAAAAUUCCUAAAAUGUAAAUAUCUUCUAUUGUACAAUUUUGUAAAUCAAUACUAAGUAAAUCAUAAAAAGCAAAAACAGA